GAAAUGGGGGACAAAAAUAAACAGGGCUCUAAUAAUUCCGACUUCAACUGUAUAACUGCCAUUGCAUACAACUGCCAUUCUUGAGUGUCCAUGGACUGGUUUUAAUCAUUGCACAUAGAAAAUAGUCCUAAUGAGGCAUAUAUGCACACCCAUUCUUAUUAUGGUUGUAGUAUAGAUAUUUAAAACUAAACUCAGUUUAGUACUUGUUGUGAACAACCUCAUAAUUCAGUUAAACAACACACUAAGAAUAUAUUUUUCAUAUGGACUCUAACUAUUAUGCAAACCUAAAUGCAACGACCUUCAACUUGGUUCUUGAGUUCAUUGAGCUGCGAAACCCAGCUCUCCCACUCCAGCUUUGACCUGUAAACUGUGUAACUGUGUUUGAGUAAGUGUGUUUGUUUUGAACACAUUACAGAACGUGCAUGUCUUAUCUUGCUUAAAAUCAAAUGAAGUGAACUCAAAUACAGCAACAGCUUAUUCUUCUCUCUCUUCCUCUCUAUUUGUCUGAGUGAUGGUGGUGGUGUACCGGAGGCCUGUCUGAACUACACUCCUGCGUCGGGUCCUGCUGUGGUAGCAAAUUACUGGCCUACCACUGGGUGUAUAGUGUUACCCACUAGUGGUGAUCAUUGUUGUCCUCAGGGCAAGAUAACAUCCAGUGCACUUAGGAAGCCUCGAUCAAACGGACCUGAAAAUGAUGCUGAGCCCCGAUCAGACGGAUCCUGACCUCACCUGGACACAGUCGGACACGGAUUGUCUGAACGUCAUGAAGGUGGAGUGUGUGGCACACGAGCCCUUAGAGGCCGACGAUGGCAAGACUCGCGCACUCGUGCCCGCCGCGCUCACCCGAGAGGAGAAGAGACGAAGGAGGCGCGCGACUGCGAAGUACCGCUCUGCGCAUGCCACGCGCGAGCGCAUCAGAGUAGAAGCGUUCAACGUGGCGUUCGCCGAGCUCAGGAAGCUGCUGCCAACACUUCCACCCGACAAGAAGCUAUCCAAGAUAGAAAUACUUCGCCUUGCUAUCUGUUACAUUUCUUAUCUCAACCACGUUUUGGACGUUUAGAUGAACUUUAGGCACAUUUAACAGUACCACAAAACAACAGGUGUUUAAAGAAUUAUUUUAUAGACAUUGAGAAGUAGCAUAUUCCAGCAGUAUACACAAAUAUUAAGGAUGGAAAUGGUAACAUUUUAUAUUUACUUUCAGUUACAUGUAUGUUUUUAUUCUGCACAUAAUGCCUUUUAUGGUUUGGGAGGAUGUUUUUAAAAAAGCAGUGUUUUCACAAAUUUAACUACAGAUUAUAAUUUAUGCUGUAAUUACAAAAAACUAAACAGUUCACGAUCAAAUCGAAAACGCACAGUUCAUUGAAAAACACAAGGCAUUAUGAAAGUUAUUAUAAAGUGUUACCUGAAAAUAUUUUACCUGUUGCAAUAACUGAAUCUUGUAUUUGACACUGUAGCAAGAGUUUUUGUUCUGUUUGAAAGAUGGCUGUUCAGAUAUUAGACAACCUGUUCAACAUCCAAGCUCAUAAGCACAUUUGUGGCAAUAAUUUGUUUUGAAAAUAUUUUUUUUGGACCUUCAUAAUUCACGUCAUCGAAACAAAUAACAUGUAUGUCGCAAACGGAUUUGCUGAGCUCAGUUGAGCUCAAAAUGUAUAGGCUACUUCUGUGUGCUGGAACAAAUCGUAACCUUGUUAGUUGUUAAUUUAUAUUUUUCCUGUUUGUUUUAUUUAUUAAGUAAAUUAAGUUAUGUGAGUGUCCUUAAAAUAGAUUAUCUAAAGUGUUUACGUAAACAUGUAAAUAUUUAAUGUUUUUAUUAUUAUUAUUAUUAUUAAUUAUUAUUAUUUUAGGCAGAGUUUUGGGUUUAUUGUUGCUUUUCACUUGCACUUUUCAUUGGCAGUUUUUGUAGGAGUAGGAGGGCCUUUGCUGUGUGUGCACUACGGUUACUAAAAUGGUGUUGCUGUUGAUGUCCUGUCCUCUGAUAACGAGAAGCACUUCCCAUCGGAUAGGAUCUAUUGCUGUAUUGUUUAUUUUGUUUACAAAGUGCUCAUAGAUAGCGCUUUGGGUACCAGAUGACUUGUGUUGGUUUAGUAUCAUACUAUAUUCAGUAAUAAUCAAUGUAAAAAAAAAACAAUUUGCAGUAACCUUUAUAAAAAGCGAUUUGCUUACCAAACAAGUCUACAAGCUACCCAUAGAUGCUCUCUUUGCUGCGACCAAAAAUGAUCUCAAAGUAGGUUUAUUUUUUUCUUUUAGAAACUAUGUAUAGAGAUUAUUUGUUUACGUGAUCCUUGUGAACCUUUUGGAAAUUUUAUAGUGAUCAAAUUAUCUCACAUCUGCCUCAUAUCCAAAGAUCACCCUGUUAAGUCGGGGUUUGUCCGUCAUUUUGUAGUGGGAUAGCCAGUAGCAUACACUGGUUUGUAUCGCAGUUUUUUCAUAACUAUUUUAGAAUAAAUAGUAAAAGAUUAAUUCAAAGGUAAAUCGUCUGUUGUAGUUUUUAAAUAAAAAAAAACAAUAUGAAAUUAAAGAUAUUGUGUCACCAA